UUUAAAACAGGAAGCGCUUUACACAAGCGUCCGACAAGACGCGUUUAGCGGGAAGUUAUUGUAGUAUUUACAGCAGUGUUAGCCUUCUAGCUAUAUUCUAAAGUACUUAGCAUCUGGUGGGGAUUUGCAACGUACUUUAAACGUGUCUUUUUAAUGUAGAUGAAGAGAUAAAUAUUAUAUUCUCGGUAUGAGUUUAGAGGUGGCUUGCUUGUCGUUUCGCCAGCCGUACGCUACUCUUGUGUUGGACGGGGUGAAGACCCUAGAGAGCCGCUGGCGGCCCCUGCUGUCAGGACUGAGGAACUGCACGCUAGCGGUUCACAUCGCUCAGAAGAGCUGGGAGGGAGAGGACUGGAGACUCAUCCUCACCGAGAGACUGGGAAUGACCUCCGUGCAAACCGAGGAACUGCUGGAGUCUGGAGAAAGGUUCGGCCGUGGUGUUAUAGCAGGUCUUGUGGACGUUGGGGAGACGUGGUGCUGUCCUGAGGAUAUUCCCUGUGAAGAGAUGAGAGAGCUGGAAACUGCAGCUUGCUUGACUGAACUCAAAAUGAAAUACCUUACAAGACUCUCAAACCCCCGGUGGCUCAAUGAACCAGUAUAUUCCAGAGGCCAUAAAGACGUGUGGACGGUACACAUCCCAGUCCAUCUCCUGCCAUCCGCUCCUUCUCAACCGUAACAGUGAAGCAAAGUUUUCAGUUGUGUAUUUCUGUCUGAUAUAUAUAUAUAUAUAUAUAUAUGAGAUAUGCCUCCCUUGAGAUCUGCAAUCCUAGGUGUACAAGCUGUUUUUUUAUUUUUUUUAUUAAAUAUAAAAAAUGCAUUUGUUACAUUUAAAUGGUGUUAGUUUAUAGUGAGGUUUCUUGGAACAUUAAAUUAGUACACAAAUGUGUAGAUGUACGUGUUAUUUCAGGGGAAGCGAGCAUUCAACACUUAAAAGAUGAUUAAAUAAAUUUCAUAUUAUGCGA